AAGAAGGCAAAGAGAAGGGCAGCAGAAGGAAGCUCCAAUGUCUUCUCCAUGUUUGACCAAACGCAGAUCCAGGAGUUUAAAGAGGCCUUCACUGUUAUUGACCAGAACAGAGAUGGCAUCAUUGACAAGGAGGACCUGCGAGAUACAUUUGCUGCUAUGGGCCGCCUGAACGUGAAGAAUGAGGAGUUAGAUGCCAUGAUCAAGGAGGCCAGUGGCCCCAUCAACUUCACUGUCUUCCUCACCAUGUUUGGGGAGAAGCUGAAGGGUGCUGAUCCCGAGGACGUCAUCAUUGGUGCCUUCAAAGUUUUGGACCCUGAGGGGAAGGGGAAUGUCAAGAAGAAAUUCUUGGAAGAACUCUUGACCACCCAGUGUGACCGGUUCACUCCAGAAGAGAUCAAGAACAUGUGGCACGCUUUCCCUCCAGAUGUAGCUGGCAAUGUUGACUACAAGAACAUCUGCUAUGUCAUCACACACGGAGAGGACAAGGAAGGGGAAUAAACCCUGAUUUUUUUUUUCACCCUUGCUUUGUGGGGAGAUCCACCUAGACACCCCCAGGCUGGGGGAUUUCAUUUAUGCUGGUCCCUGAUGAUCCACACUUUUGUAACCAAACAACAAACAUCUCAAUCUGUUAUUUAUUAUCUUAUGGGGAGAAAAAUUAUACCCCCCCACAAAACUGACCCUUUUCACUACGACUAGUCUUAACCUAACUGGGACUU